AUGUGCAAGUCAUCCAUUCACACCCUUCUGAAGCAGUUGCCAAAAUGUGAACACCACAUACAUCUGGAAGGAGCUCUGUCUCCUCAACUACUUUUCCAGCUCGCGGAGAAGAACACUAUAACGCUUCCGCAAGAUGAUGAAGCUUUCAAAACACCAGAGUCACUACUUGAGCGAUAUGAGAGAUUCACUUCGCUCGAUGAUUUCCUAGGAUAUUAUUACAUUGGAAUGUCCGCCCUAAUAACCGCCUCAGACUUCGAGGCUCUGGCCUGGGACUACUUCCAACAUGCCUCCGCAGAUGGUGUUCAUCACGCCGAGGUCUUCUUUGAUCCCCAAGCGCACACUUCUCGAAAUGUAGCCUAUCCCACGGUCAUCCAAGGUUUCCAAGCCGCGUGCGAACGCGCCGAGAAAGAACUAGGCAUAACCACGAUUCUGACAGCAUGCUACCUACGACAUCUGCCGCCCGCGGAGUCCCUCGAAAUGUUCCAGAGCCCAGAGGUCCAAGAGAGUUAUCGAAACGGCACUGUUAAAGGCAUUGGUUUGGAUUCCAGCGAGAUGAACUUCCCACCCCAUCUCUUCGAAGACCUGUACCGUGGUGCAAAAGAGCUGGGUCUGCGCCGGACAGCACACGCCGGUGAAGAGGGUCCGGUAUCCUACAUUUCCAGCGCCCUCACCAUAUUAAAUGCAGAGCGGAUCGAUCAUGGAAUCCAGCUUGCCCAAGACGACGUCUUGUUGAAACAGAUCGCAGAUCAAGGUACUCUGCUCACUGUGUGUCCUUUGAGUAAUGUCGUAUUGCGAUGCGUCAAGUCCGUCAGCGAAGUCCCCAUCCGGAAGUUUCUUGAUCAUGGGGUCAAGUUCAGCUUGAAUAGUGACGAUCCAGCGUAUUUUGGCGGCCACAUCUUGGACAACUAUUGCGCAGUGCAUGACGCCUUCGAACUCAGUGUGAGCGAGUGGGAAAGUGUGUGCAGGGCAGGCAUUGAAGGCAGUUGGUGUUCGGAAGAGAGAAAGACGGAGAUGCUGGUUGUAUUGGAAAAAGUGAUUCGGGAAUGGGAGGAGAGCCAGAACUAG